GGCGCAACUCCAGUGUAAAGUAUAAGCUGACGGAAGCGUAUCAUUAUUGCUGUUACUUUAUUUUUUAAAGAUCAAUUAUUUCAUGCAACUAUGAAAGGAAUUCAAUAUUUAUACAUAAUUGUUGUAUUAUAUUUUAUUGGACAAUACACACGUGGUGUUUCUUGCGCAAAAUCUACUAACAUCAAACAAUCUGCUCUAUUAAAGGAUGAGACUUUUAAUACACAUAAUGAUCGGGAAGUACUUCGUUCACAAAGAGAAUUAAAAGAAUUAAAUUUUACAACCAAUAUUAAUAAUUUAUCAGAAGAAGGUCGUGCUGCAAGAAGUGUUUUAGGAUCUAGACGACAUUUAAAAGAGGGAGAUGCACAUCAAGUUGCAAAUUAUUUCCUUACUGGAGGACCAUUAAAAGGCCAUUCUCACUUUGUAGGAUCAUCUAACUGCAAUUCAAACAAUGAUGAAAGUAACAUAGUUGGAUUAAGUAACCCAAAGAAUGCAAAUGAUGCCAACUUGGCUGGGAAGGAAAAUGAUAAUAAUACUAAUUUUUCUGAUUCCCUUGUUGGUGUCCCACACAUUCCUGCAUUACAACCUUAUAUCCCACCAUUAAAUUUUAACAAUGGUGGACUACAUUCUGUAUAUCAUCCAGGAUUAGCUACUGCUAUUCCACAUGUUCCUCUUAGGGGAAAUAUAUUACGGUCAAUUUUACAUCCUCGCUUCCAUCCCCAUAUUAAUAGGUUACACACACUUCCUAGUACUCUCUUUAGAGUUGCUAGUCUGCCGGUACAUAGUUUGGCCAAUGCACAAUCACAACUGCAACAUGCACUGUUCCCAACUGUACCUUUACAUCAACCCUUAUAUCAACCUUUACAUCAACCACUUCUUGGAAGUCCUAAAUCAUUAGGUAAAAGUGAAACCAAUCUUGUGAGUGAUUUAACAAAUUUAAAUGGACACUAUGAACCUGCUUUAGGUGCAUCUCCUGUAAGCUACAGUAGCAAAACCCCUGCAACACAAGUGGUUCACCCUAACUACUUUCCAGAUUUACAACCUACUGGAUAUAUUGUAAAAUUUGUACCACAUAACAGAGAAUUAUCAUCACCAGUUGUUGGUUCGUCACAACAAUCUUCUAACUGUAUAAAUAAUAACUUAAAUGCAGAAGAAAAUGUAGGUUCUGUGAAAAAUAAAGAUGAGGACAUAGAUAUACCUCAGCAAGAUCCAGUAUUGGACAAAACUGCAGAUAGUAAAUAAAAUAAUAACAUUAUUAAUACUAACAAGAUGACAAUAAAUAAAAUACAAAGGUUCAGGGUAAAUCUUAAAGAUAUAUUCGUCAGUUUAAGAUAAAUAGAGGUAUUUCAUGAUCACUUUACAAAGGAAAACUUAUUUUUACAUAAUAUAUUAUUGAAUAUUAUUUAACAUAUAAUAAAAUACCAUUAAGCAUUCAAAAACUGUAUUAAGUAAUAACUUGUACAAGUAAAUAAUAUGCA